CUCAGCAGGAAGAUAGUCUGCAGCGACGUUAACUGUACUUUCACGACGCUUUCACAACGGCGAAGCCGGCGAAUAUGAGAUGGCACAAAACGAGCCACUGCAAUGCACCAGAUCCGUGCGUCGAACGCCAGCGCACACCUUGGCAGUGGCACCGUGUUACCCCUACGUAUGCUUCACGCUACUGCCCAGCAUAAGCUAUCCCCAGUCCCUUCGACAAGCGCUGCUGCUGAUGGCUCUCUGUCGGACUCUUGGGGCUUCUCAUCCGCUCCCAGUCGUACCGUGCCAUCUCCCGACGCCUUCGUAUAAUCCUACUUCGUGUCCUUCAACUUCUCUGCUCGGACUCCCAGCAGAGCUGUUUAUCGUGGGUCCCAGGAAGUAUUGGCUGCCUCCGCUAAUUCAUAACACGUAUUAAUUAACUCAGCGAGGUCCAUCUCCAUACCGCGCUGUUUUUGGUAUAAGCCAAUGGACAGAGGUUCUGACUCUGGAGGAAGGGACAUCUCAGAG